UUUCUGUAGAGUCAAUCUAUGCUAGUAUGGGUCGCUUACAGCAAGGUAGGUGGAAAAACAGGUUACUCUGUGUGUAACCAAGGCAGUGAAUCACAGCAUGUGUGAGUAAAAAAAGACAAGAACUCCUCAUCAGUUGUUAGGUAACACCAAUAUGUUGUUUUAUGUCAUGCUGCUGAAUUUAUUGUUAAUUUUUUUUCUUAAUCUGGUGUAGUAUCUUCAUAGGAGGAGAAAAGGCUGUUUCAAUGAUGUCAACAGAGUGUGUUCAGCCACUUGAUAUCCCAGAUGACAGACUGGACAAGCAAGAUUCACAGUGUAACCAUUUAGAAGAUCUUUCAGAGCAGCUGAUUAAGAGCUGUGACCUCAAAAAUAAACCAAGAAAAGGUAAAACUCUCACAGCCCCCCAGAAGACCGAACAGGAGCAAAAGAAGCCAAAGAGAAAAGAUACACCGGCUUUGCACACUCCACCACCUCUAACAGGCAUAGUUUCAGACUCAUCUGAAAAUCUGCUGAAAAGGUAUGGUAUCACAGAGAAGUCACAGAGAGAGAGAGUGACUCCAGUCUCUCAAAUCACUGAACUGAAGCAGAAAAAGCCCAGAAGAAAAGAUACACCUGCAAUACACAUUCCACCUUUGAUAACAGACACUAAGCUGUUUACAGAAGAAGAACAAACAGUGAUUAUGGAAGAUGAAGAAAAAGAUGGAGACAUAAUCCACAGUUAGAUUACAGUGGUAUUUCAAUAAUACAGUGCAAAUAAUAAUGGGUCAUUCAAAGUGGCAACACAUUAAAAAAGAUCUUUCACAUUUGUAAAUAAUUUUCUCAGUUAUACACUUGAAUUUAAACUACCAUCAAGUGCUUAUCUGCUUAUCUGCAUCUCAUAAUUCCUAGCAAGCAUCAUGGGACAUGAAUGGCAGAAAUUUCAGUUACACAGGGUUUGAAGGAUUCUGUCAGUUUACUACAAGUGGCUUCCUAGCAUUUUUGCCAAUGAGAAAUAUUGGCAAACUGAGGCAAGCCAUGACAUCACACCACAACAUCGGAAUCCACCUCAGGUCAGAUCUGGUUUUGUGCAGUGUGGUACUCAUGCAGUACCUGGCACUAGAAGUGGUAAUGCAGAGUAGUAAAACAUCAGCUCGUGAUUCAAAUUGCUUUUUUUGCCUGACACUUGACCUCAUUUGUCCAACUUUCCUUUCCUGAAAUAACACUGACCACAGUGAAAAUUCCCAUGUGCAGAGCUGAUGGGAUAGAUGAAGAAGGUGAGAGGGUCAGGAUUCAAUUCUAGAGUGUCUGAAAUGCAAAGCAAAAAUUUCAUCUGCCUGUAUCUGCUCAUGACUUGUGUCUGUAAGGAGGAAAAGAUAAAUUUAUUUUAGAAUUAAAAUUACACCUAAGGGCUCUCAGCCUUGACAGAUGCAUCAAAUAGGAUGCAGGGCAGAGAUCUCAGAGGAGAAACACUAGGGAAGUGCAAUGCCUGCAGGUAAUUGUCUCCACUGGCUUGGUGAAAGAUAAAAUUGUUGGAUAGUUGAUCCUUUUGCUCCAAAUAAUUUCUUUUCACAUCUGCUUUUUAAAUUGAAUUCUGAUUCAAUUCUUAAAUUGAAUUAGUUAGGAGAGGUUGUAAAGAUUCAAACUCACAGCAGGAAGGUAAAACUUGAAUAAAAGGAAUAAUGUUUCUCAAUGGCAUAUGCUUACUGCAAGGUGGAAGAGCAUUGUGACUUUUCAAAUAGUUUACCUCAAUGAUUCAAAUAAGAAUUGUUUUCACAGACAGCUACAGCAUUUGUAGAGAGAUGGGUAUUGGUAGAAUAUUUUACCCAAAAAAAGAUAGAACUGGACACUGUCUGCUGACCUUAAUACUCUGGGAUAGAUGGAGUAGCACUGCCAGAUGAACCCUUACGGAACUAAGCAAAGAGAUUGAAGAUUAUCUAGCCUGGUGGACAGAAUUUAGUUAUCUUUUUAAGUCACUUAUACAGACAGCUGAGGACCCUAUUAGUUUGGACUCCAUUUGCCACUGUGACUGACCCAACAUCUUUCAUGAGAAUACAGUCCAUUCACAAAUAUAUGUGAAUGUAUACUCUCAAAAUGUAAUCAAUGAGCUUACAAUAAAUAAUUGCAUGUUAAAUUGCACAAGAGGUCCACUAUAUGAUUAAUGGGAUACCUCUUACUUAGAAAGUGUACUAGUUGUUAUCCUAUUAAUCUAUCAGUGAGAUAAUACUUAAAAUAUAAAUCAUGUAUAGUUCAAGUGACAACAUAAUAUAAGAUCCACAGUAAAGUGUGGAAACAGAUGGACGUGACAGCCCUCUCCCUUGGAGAAAUAUCCCUUGAAUGGGCUAUGAUAAGAGCUUCCCAAAGUCUCAUGGAUUGAGAAAUCCUCCGUGGUCAUGGUGAGUUCCCAGCAUGCUUUGGAACCCCAUGUAGAUUUGUUGGGACUGAUUGGUUUUUCCCCCUUUGUACCACCCCUGCUUUUCCCAUAAAACCCCAGUUUCUGCCUUGUU